CACAUUUAUGUUUUCAAUAGCUUAGCAACCUGUUCGCCCCAGUAAACUCGAUAUGUAACCCAGAAUGAAAUGACAUAAAUUGUUUUCCUCUAGGAGUUUUCUUUCACUGAUCACACACACACACACAACACACGUGUUAUAAGGAACAUGAAUACUAAUGAUAUGGAAAUCAAAUGAACAUAACCUCCUAAUCAGUGAUUUCCAAUGACAGGCGCUUCAAAUACAAAUGGAGAAGUUGGAUGUUUUAGAGGAGAUAUGGAUUUCCCUCAAGUGGAACGGGCUGUAUCAAAAGACACGAUUCGUUGUGUUACUUCUGCCUGUGGUGGCGUUGGUUGUACAAAACUACUCAGUGGUCUUUAUAGGAAAAUCUGUUGGUCAUAGAUGUAGACAACUACGGAGUCUAAAUGUUACAAUCGAUGGACAAGUUAUUGACUUAGUGUCCAACUACAGCAGCGUUCAUUUGAACGUGUCCUACGAAGAAUGUACUAUUGAUGUCUUGAACAGCACUGCUGUUGUAUACAGCACACAUUGUAUAGAUGGCUACAGUUACUUGGAAGAUGAUGUCUCUACCUUUGUGCCUGAGUGGGAUCUUGUGUGCGAGAGAAGAUAUCUCUCCGACGCUUCUCAAACGAUUUAUGUAGUAGGACAAAUGGUGGGAGUUCUCUUAACGAGAUUCGCUGACACACAUGGGCGUAGAGUCAUGUAUUUAGUCUCAAGUAUGUUGUCAUGUUUCGCUUCCAUUGCCUCCGCCUUUGCAACGAACUACGAAAUUUACCUCGCAGCUAAUUUCAUCACUGGAAUUUUUGUUUUAAAUUCCUAUCAACUUGCUGGAAUCAUUGUACUUGAGAUGAUGCCUAAGUCUAGAAGAGCACUUCCAGAGCAAGUACAGUCUGUUCUGUGGUCAGCCUCGCUGCUGCUUCUGUGUUUCCUGGCCUUCAUUACAAGACAUCUGAGCUGGAGAUAUGUCCAAGUCAUUCUGUCUCUGACCACUCUCUAUAUGCUGUUUCAGCCUUGGGUGAUAGACGAGUCUCUCCGGUGGCUUUAUGUCACAAAACAAUACAAGAAAGCAGAGCAACUCAUACGCAAGAUUGCAAGGAUCAACAAAGUGGAUCCCCAGAGGGCGCUGGACGUGUUCAACAAAAGCAUUAUGUCCGAGAGUCAGAGCUUAGCACAGCAAAGUGACGUGGAGAAUAUCAAGCUGUGUGAAGAGCCAAAUACUAAUGUAGACAUACGAGAUCAGAAACUUUCAACAAAAGAGUCCAGUCUUCUGAUGUUUUUUAAGAAUAGAAACCUUCUCAAAGUAACAGCAAUCACAAGUUUUUUAUUAUUGGUUGAUGUCUUUGCCUAUGAAGGUCUGAUCAUGAUCUCCCAAGAACUUACUCCUGAUUUCUACCUAGGUUUUACCUUGGCUGCUCUCACAGAUUUUCCAGCAGCAGUUCUGUUUAUUCUGUUAAUCAACAGGAUUGGUAGAAAAAGAAGUAUUGGACUGCUUCAUCUCCUGGCUGGGACUUUGCUGUUAAUGUCAACACUGUUACUUCACACUUCUUUGUCUGACAGAAUCCCUGGAAACUUCUGGAUGUCCGUUGUCCUGUCUCUACUUGGUCGUCUGACGUUGUCUGCUGGUUACUCGUCUGUACUUCUGUAUGUCCCGGAACUAUUUCCAACGUCCAUCAGGAACACUGGAUAUGCUCUAGCUCUCUUGAUGUCCUACUUUGCUUCAAUGGUGUCACCAUAUUCUCGCUCUCUUAGUAAGCUACUUCCCUGGGCUCCUAACGUCGUGUUUGGCGUCAUGUGUGUCACCCUUCCAGUGGCGAUCCGCAGACUUCCAGAGACAAUGAACAAGGAGCUGCCCCAGACCCUGGCGGACAUGGACAGAAACAUGAGGAAGGCGAUGAAGAAAUCGUGACAGUUAUAGAAACAGGACAGCUACAUUGACAGUGUCCAUGGAUGUCGAUCAGUUAUAAAAGCUGUAGUGAUUAUGAUCAUAUCUGUUUGUGUACCACUGGCUGACACCGUCAUACCUGAUGUUACUGUUAUUUAUAUUAAUAUAUUAGUGAUCUUAUAAUUGAAGUUUUGCGAUUAGCAUAAAAGCUAUUGUUUGUAAGUGUCAAUUCAUCUUUCUGAGUUUAAUGAAAGUUGAUAACUGAGAAUAAAGUGUAUAUAUUGUUACUUACACCAAGGUAUAUAAUUGUACAUCUGAAUGUCUGGUUACGGAAUAAACUCUACUAUUAUAUUUAAAA